UCUCUCGUAGCUCGUAGUUCUGCAUAUAGUCCAGUCGUCACUAACCGGCUUUCAAGUUAACAUCAUUCUGUACAGUUUUAGACGACAUAUUUCGAAUAUUUAGCAAUUUUAAUUAUAAUUGAAGAUUAGCGGUACACUAUUUUUAUAUAUAUAUAUAUAUAUAUAUAUAGUUUGACAUGUAUUCACUCUUAAAAUUGGCCAUACUUGUUAUCGCAGUGUCGUGCAAUAUUUAUUCAACAAAAUAUUGGAAUCGACGCAUAUGUGACUAAAACUUUCAAUAGUGUUGAUCAUGAGUACGAUUAUACUUAUGAGGAUUCGCAUAGAGAUUUAAAAUAAUUUUUUUAAAUUUAAUAUCCAUAAAAAAAACUAUUAUUCAAGUGCUAUUAUUUUUAAUAUUAAUAGAUUUUUAGUGAUCAGCUGAAAGUGAUCUCAGUGGAUAUUAUUUUGGAUUAUAUCAGAAAAUUGAAACAUACCUGUAAUCAAUGUGGGAUUUUGAAGGAUUCAGUAUGAUGCCAGAACCUUUAGGUACUGUCGUGUCGGACGAUAUAUGGAAAAAGUUUGACAUGGAUGCCCUUCACUCUUCAGAAGGCUAUGUGCAUGUUAAUUUUUCUUCAUUUGAUAUUAUUCCUGAACCAUUUGAUGACACGGAUUGUUCAGACUAUCCAGAAAUUCGUCACCAUGACUGUAUGUGGGCAGGAUUAUGUAUAAGUAAAGAGCACAAUAAAAUAUUGUCAACCAAAAAUCAAAGAAUUUCCCCGCCUAGAAUAGUACAAGCCGGCAAAAGUUUGUUGAAAUCACGAUCAUCGUCAGAUUCAAUGGAUCACCUACAGCAAGAGAAGUUUUUUAUGAAGAAUCAACAUCAGAGAAUGGAUAGCUUAGAAAGUGAUGGCGGUUCACCACGUUCAGAAUCACCUCAAACUUCUUCCGAGUCAUCAGAAGAUGAUUCUGAUAGUGAACGAGAUAUACCAACUUUUAAGCACGAUCAGUUCAGUAUUAAUGAAAAGUUAAUCGAGUGUAUAUCUGCGCCCGUAAGUGAGGUCACCGGACAGUGUGUCAGAAGUUCAUUGAAGAUAAAAGUUGAGGUCAAUGAAACAGAUCACGAUGAAUCCAUUGAUACUCGAAACAAUAUCAAUACAUCAAAACAAACAGAAGUCAGUAAUACCCUCAUUGAUCAUUGUUAUUACAUAAAUCAUCCCACCAGUAUCAAAAAAUUAGACUAUUUGGGUGUUCAAACACCAUCCGAUUCCGAAGAAGAAAUUGAUGUGGUUUCGUUCGAGAAACCAGCAAGUUUAUCUACUCUCCCAAGUAUAGUAGAUCAUAAAAUUUUGCAAUCAACCGUAAAAACUGUUCUCAAUGAUAAACCUGCACCUAGACCACGAGGUAGACCACCAAAUUCAAGUCGUAAACGUCCAGCACAAAAUCAGGAACGAGAACAAAAACCAGCAAAACGUGUUGCAGUGCAACGAUCUUGUCAAAAAAAAAUCACGAAUGUACCAAAAAAUAUUUCUUCUUCAAUUUCAAUACCUUCGAAUACAGAAAAAUAUUUACUACCGGCGAUAGUAGCCUCUGAAGAUGAACCUGAUACUGAUAAAAGAAAUCUUCAUAAUAACAUGGAACGACAGAGAAGAAUCGAACUGAGAAAUGCCUUUGAUGAUUUGAGAUGUUUAAUACCAGAUCUUCAAAUAAAAGAUAAAGCACCAAAAGUUGCUAUUUUACGUCAAGGAGGUAAAUAUUGUAUGAAACUUAGAGAAACCGAGAAAAAAUUGGUUGCUCAAAAAUUGGAACUGAAAAAACGUCAAGACAAAUUACGGACGAAGUUGAGUUUAUUGAGAAGAUGCUUAGCAAAGCAGCGCUAAUAAUUUAAAACAAUACAUAAUUAUUUUCAACAAUUGAUGAAUUAUUUUCAAAUAUUAUGAGUAAUUAUAAUUAUAUAGAUGAAUUAAGUACAUACUAUAAUAGUAAUAUGAUUAUGAAUUGAAGUUUUUUUAUAUAAAAAUAGGUUUGAAAAACAUCCUAUUAUAUUUUUCAUAACUAAUUUGAGUUUCUACGUAUGAUCUAACACUUCAGUAAAUUUUGAACUUUUGUAUUUUUACAAUUUUAAAAAACCAAUUACCGAGAUAGUUUUUGAAUAAAUGUUUCUAAAACUGUAUAAAAUGAUAUAAACGGUAGUUCUGGGCUAUUCAGAAUUAUCAUAUCAUACUUUUUUCACUCAGGGAUCCAAAGACUCUAUUAAUGAAAGUGAGCUCGGAUCAACGAUUAUUUGGCUAUCAACGUGAAUAUACUAGUAACUGAAGGAACAUAGUAUACUAUUACAUAUUGUGGUUGUACAGUGUAGGAAUAUUCUAUUUAGAUGAGUAUUUUCAUUUGAUAUAGGUAGAUUUUUUGUCGUAACUAUCAAUUUUUUAGGUCCGUUUGAAUUUUAUAAUGCUAAUAGUUAUAGAUUGGGGGUUAACGCGCCAUAUGUAAUAAAUAAUAAAUAUAAGAAUACUUAAGAAUACGAUAACACUAAUCUUGAAAUAUAUCCUCCAAUUGGUAAAAAUGUUACUUAGGUCUUUAUAAACUUUUUAUAAUCCAAAAGUUAUAAUAUGAAUAUUUUUUGACUGAUACCAAGUGUAAAAUGUUUAUUUUUCUUUAUUGAUUAUUAAAAAGGGAAAAUUUAUAAAACCCCAAUAUAUUAUGACGAUUAAUUAUAUUUAUAGUUGAAAAAAAUGUGGUUGAGCCGCAUUUGAUGGUAGUUAGAUACUUUUUACAUUUUUGUUUUCUCUUUCUGUACAUGCAUAUAACGACAAUCGCUGUGCGAUGUUGUGGCAGCGACUUGUAGUUAGAUAUUGACAAGCUAGCCAAUAAUAUAUAUUUUAUAUUAAACAGAAUAUUACGCUUUAAAUGUCAGAAUUGAUUUCUUUUUACAAAUAAUAGUCAAAGAAAAAAGAAUGUGGUCAUAAAGAUUAGAAAAAGUUAUUAUAACUAUAUUAAUCGUAAUUCGGUCUUGUUAAUCUCAGCCUCUUUUAAAAUUUUACUAUAUUUUGUAUUGAACAUCUAUAUUACUUUCGCCACGGCCAUAUAUUUUAGUUAUUUUUGUCUUUUGUACAAACUUUUGUUGUUUUUAAAAUCUUUAAAAUUAUGAUAGAUUAAUUUCUUAAAAUCAUCACAUCAAUUAAUUAUUUUAAGUCUAAUUUUUAAGGUAAAUUAAGCUUUAAACUUGAAUAAAUAGUUAUUUUCAUUUAACUGUUUCUUAUUUAACGACAACGUAUGAAUAAAUAAAGUUUUUAGUUAAUUUAA